AUGCCAGAAAAGUUAGCCAUGUCAAUGGUCGAUAUAAAAGAUGCGGGGAGUGAACUAAGGGACCUCGAAUCUGGAGCUCUGGACACAAAAUCUUCCGCCGCUGAUGUAUACUAUGAGGGUGUAGAAUUGCAUAGAACCAACGAAUUCAUUGAUAAUAAGCCGUCCUUUUUCAAUAGGAUUGCAGCUGCUUUAAAUGCUGAGACGAAAGGUAUUGAACCAGUUACAGAAGAUGAAAAAAAUGAUGACUCGAUACUCAAUGCCGCCACUAUAUGGUUUUCAGCUAAUAUGGUGAUUGUAGCCUAUUCCGUAGGUGCCUUGGGUCCUCUAGUAUUUGGCCUAAAUUUCGGCCAAAGUGUUUUAGUUAUCAUUUUUUUCAAUAUUUUGGGUUUGAUCCCUGUUGCAUUAUUCUCACUUUUUGGGGUAGAACUGGGCCUAAGACAGAUGAUUCUAUCGAGAUAUUUGGCUGGUAACAUCACAGCAAGAUUUUUCUCUCUUGUUAAUGUCAUUGCUUGUGUCGGUUGGUGUGUUUUAAAUAUUUCUGUUUCUGCUCAACUUUUGAAUAUGGUGAAUGAAGGCUCUGGGCACAACUGUCCUAUUUGGGCAGGUUGUUUGAUUAUUGCUGGUGGUACCGUGCUUGUGACUUUUUUUGGUUACAGUGUCGUUCAUGCAUACGAAAAAUGGUCGUGGGUACCCAAUUUUGCUGCCUUUUUGGUCAUUAUUGCCCAACUAUCGAGAUCAGGAAAAUUUAAAGGUGGUGAAUGGGUAGGGGGUGCAACUACUGCAGGUGGUGUUCUUUCUUUUGGUUCAUCUGUUUUUGGGUCAGCUGCGGGUUGGGCGACUUAUGCAGCAGAUUACACUGUUUAUAUGCCAAAGACCACAAGUAAAUACAAAAUUUUUUUUUCCGUAGUAGCCGGUCUAGCGUUCCCUCUAUUUUUCACCAUGAUUCUUGGUGCUGCUUGCGGUAUGGCGGCCCUUAAUGACCCAACCUGGAAGUCAUAUUAUGAUAAAAACGCCAUGGGUGGUGUCAUAUAUGCUAUCCUGGUCCCUAACUCUCUAAACGGAUUCGGUCAAUUCUGCUGUGUUUUGUUGGCUCUUUCAACUGUUGCUAAUAAUGUCCCUGGAAUGUACACUGUCGCUUUAUCCGCUCAAGCUUUGUGGGCACCUUUGGCUAAAAUACCAAGAGUAGUCUGGACAAUGGCAGGUAAUGCUGCCACUUUAGGUAUUUCCAUCCCUGCUACCUAUUACUUUGACGGCUUUAUGGAGAAUUUUAUGGAUUCCAUUGGUUAUUAUUUGGCUAUUUAUAUUGCCAUUGCAUGUUCAGAGCAUUUUAUUUAUAGGCGUUCCUUCAGUGCUUACAAUAUUGAUGAUUGGGAUAAUUGGGAGCAUCUACCUAUCGGUAUCGCAGGUACUGCUGCCUUAAUUGCUGGUGCCUUUGGAGUAGCGUUGGGUAUGUGCCAAACUUAUUGGGUUGGUGAGAUCAGUCGUUUGAUCGGAGAGUACGGCGGUGACAUUGGGUUCGAGUUAGGCGGAAGUUGGGCGUUCAUCAUCUAUAACAUUGUAAGACCUUUAGAACUCAAAUAUUUCGGUCGAUGA